CCUUGUUAGACUGGUUUGAGCACCACCAUCACCCUCUUCUGUCCCGUGCUUCUCAGGGGGAGCCAGAGAGCUUUGGGUAAAGAAACCCGCCGUGACUAAUCCCUUGCCCUUAACGUCAGCUCCUUCGUGGCCUGUAUAGUUAGGAGCAGACCUCUUUUACCUCGUGGAUAAUGAUGCCAUCACCUUCAUUAAUCUUUUGCUCUUCUCAGUUCAAAUGCCAGGGAGAAAAUAAGCCACCAAGAGAGAAGAUUAUAAAUGCCAGAGCCAUUUAACUGAUGGUUAGCUGUUGACACUUCUCUAAAUACCUUCUUGCACCAAGGCCUUCACUGGGAAGAAUUCGGGGGAAAAUAGCCGUGGAAAAGAGAGUCAACACUUACAUGUACCAUGGCUAUACCUAUAACAGUGCUUGAUUGCGACCUCUUACUGUAUGGCCGAGGCCACCGGACAUUGGACCGUUUUAAGUUGGAUGAUGUGACUGAUGACUACUUGAUGUCCGUGUAUGGGUUUCCUCGGCAGUUCAUUUAUUACUUGGUGGAGCUCUUGGGAGCGAGUCUUUCUAGACCUACUCAGAGAUCCAGGGCUAUUAGCCCAGAGACACAGAUCCUGGCAGCACUGGGCUUCUAUACUUCAGGUUCCUUCCAGACUCGGAUGGGAGAUGCUAUAGGAAUCAGUCAGGCAUCUAUGAGUCGAUGUGUUGCCAAUGUCACCGAAGCGCUUGUGGAAAGAGCCUCACAGAUCAUUCGCUUUCCCGCUGACGAAGCCUCCAUUCAGGCUCUGAAGGAUGAAUUCUAUGGGUUGGCUGGGAUGCCAGGGGUAAUAGGCGUGGUUGACUGUAUCCAUGUGGCAAUCAAGGCACCAAAUGCUGAAGACCUCUCCUACGUGAACCGCAAAGGUCUGCAUUCUUUAAACUGCCUGAUGGUGUGUGACAUCAGAGGGGCACUAAUGGCGGUGGAAACAAACUGGCCAGGCAGCCUGCAGGACUAUGCUGUGCUGCAGCAGUCUUCUCUCAGUAGUCAGUUUGAAGCUGGAAUGCACAAAGAUAGCUGGCUGCUUGGUGACAGUUCCUUCUUUCUCCGUACCUGGCUUAUGACACCACUUCACAUUCAUGAGACUCCAGCUGAAUAUCGCUAUAAUAUGGCCCAUUCUGCAACUCACAGUGUGAUUGAGAAGACUUUCCGAACACUCUGCUCCCGAUUCCGCUGCCUGGAUGGGUCCAAGGGGGCACUACAGUACUCACCAGAGAAGUCCAGCCACAUCAUCUUAGCGUGUUGUGUCCUCCACAACAUCUCCUUGGAGCAUGGGAUGGAUAUUUGGUCCUCUCCAAUGACAGGACCCAUGGAACAACCUCCCGAGGAAGAGUAUGAGCACAUGGAGUCCCUGGACCUAGAGGCUGACCGGAUCCGUCAAGAGCUGAUAUUCACUCAUUUUAGCUAAUGUGAAAGGUGGGGAGGAGGAGGGAAACCUUCCAGAAGGAGCUGUGACAAACUUUCUCCCUCACCAGCCACUAUACAGUUCCAUCAUCUAGCAUGACUGAGUGUGGACACUUGUCACAAAUUGACAUUUAAUCCGCAUGUUUUUUAGAAGAGUUGGGGCUAUACCAGAAUAUUUUGAUUCAUUUGUAUUUCUAUUAUUAUUAACUAAACAAAAAAUCAGGACAACACUUCCGUAGUAUGCAUUGAACUCCAGGUUGAGCCUCAGUUAUUUGAAAGCUCACUGGUUGCGAACAUUUAUGAUUGUGCCUACAACAUCAAAGCAAAGGAGAAAAUGGCAUCUAGCCAGAACACUUUCUUUUUGUUUCCAUUAUCUGGAGAUUUCAAAUGAAAAUAAUAUUUAUUUGUCCUGAAUUAUUUGGGUGGCAUUUUAGCUUUUCUACUUUGCUGCCUAGAUAGGCAUAAUUUGAGGCAAGUGGCUGGUGUGGCUCAGUGGUUGAGCAUCGAUCCACAAACCAGGAAGUUACAGUUAGUUUCUGGUCAGGGCAUAUGCCCAGG